AUGAAUAUUCAGUUAAAAGGUCUAAGUAUCCAAAGAGGACUUGUUAUCUACAUAUGCUUCUUCAAAGGUGCUGAUGAGGAUCUUGUUCCAAAAAUGGUCAAUGCGCUGUUGAAUGUUAAAUUAAGUGAAAAUGAAAGCAGCGAGUACGUUUCUGUUCUUGAUUUACCAGGCGAUGUACUUAUCAUACCACAAGCUACCCUAGGCGGUAAACCAAAGGGAAGAAAAAUGCAGUACCAUGCAAACAUUGAGAAAGAAAAAGGGCUUGAACUUUAUUCUCAGUUUGUGACUUUGUGUGAAAAAGAACUGGCUGCCAAUACCAAAUGUGUGGAAGCAGGUGUUCUCAUCAAGCACGGCACAUACGGAAACAGGCAGGUAUUAAAACUGGAUACAAACGGACCUUACACUCAUCUGAUUGAAUUUUGAAAAAAUAUCUUG